AUGGCGUCGGCCGACACCCCGCCGCGCGCGGUCUGCGUCAAUUGCCAAUUCGUGGAUGACAUCAGUGCGCGAUACUUUCACGGUGUCCACAUUUUUAUCCCUAUCAUCUCACGUCCUCGAUUUCAUGAUCAACUCGUCAACUUCGGUGCACCGCCCCCGACAAGCUUCUCGCUCCUAUUACUAUGCAUGUGUCUCAUCACCUACCACCCUGAGUUCACGUCUCAGGAUCCCGAGUCUCUCGAUAUAACAACGCUAUACAUAACUACUAAGGCGCUCUUCGCGCAGGUCCAAGCAUCCAAUCCUCCAAGCUUGCAUAUUAUCCAAGCCGGUACGAUAAUUGCAGCAUACGAAUAUGCAAACAAGAAAAUCGCCGAGUCCUUUGCUACGAUAAGCACGUGUAUUAGAAUGGGCUAUGCAUCUCGACUACACCUUGCAGCUCCAAUACCGAACAUGGAUCAUAAUUCGUAUCAACAAGCAGAAGAGGAAGGAAACACAUGGUGGGGCCUAGUAGCCUGCGAAAGGACUAUAUUCUGUGAACUCGCCCCGUCUAACCAGCCACUCGCAAGUCGAGUUCCCGCAAGAGAAAGCCGACUCCCCACAGAACCGAUGCUAGCCAUUCCAAAUACAAUGCCAAAUGCUCUUUCUCCAACAGAGUCCGCAUCCAACGCAAGUGGAUUCGGAUGUAUAGCGCAGGCUACAUGGCUCCUAGAUGAACUGUUCAAAACGAUAGAGAUGUCAGAUGCCGACGACCGAUUGAACCGCCUCGACGGGCUAGACCAUACACUCCGGACAGUCCUAGCCGUUAUAAUGGAUCAAUCAGGUGGUGCAUGGGGUACAUUCUGCACAGCAAACGGGAUGAUCAUCAGGGGCCUUUUCAUCUUGCAUUCGGAAAUAAUAAACCAGGUGUCCCGAAUGACUACCUGUAAGCGCAAGUCACCAGAUGAAUGGAUGAAGAGUUCUUAUCUUGCGCUGGACUCGUUCACGAAGAUGGUACGGGAUAUUGCGGUGGCACCGAAUGAACUCCCAUUCUCUGAGAUUGAUACUUUGCCACCUAGUUGUGCCUUUGUUAUACAGGCUACACUACUGCAUAUCAAUGAUACCGGGGGCAAUUGGAAUGGCGUUCGAGAGGAACUUGAAAUGGCUAAGGAGAGAUUCAAUCAUCGCUGGGCUGGAGGCAAAUGA